GCAGUUGUUGGCUCCCUCUUUCAUGACGGUCGCAUACAAACUGUCACGUGUUCUAUAAUUGUGUUAGAUAUAAGCAAUAUUCCGAUUGUCAAGCAACCAUGGUGCAAAAACGCGCUUGUGGUUUUGUCAUUUUUCGUCGAUUUCAAAAUACUAUACAAUAUUUGUUGAUGCAGACGUCAUAUGGAGAACAUCACUGGACGCCUCCUAAAGGUCAUGUCGAUUCAGGUGAAUCCGACAUGGAGACAGCUAUGCGGGAGACAACGGAAGAAGCUGGUUUUGUGCCGAGCGACCUAAAAAUCUUCGAUAAUGCGAAACAAGAGAUGACAUAUCAGGUAAAUGGAGUGCCGAAGAUUGUAAUUUACUGGCUGGCAGAGUUACUCAAUCCUGAUAAAUCUGUGAAAUUAUCGAACGAGCACCAAGCAUUUAAAUGGUUACCACUGCAAGAAGCGUGUGAUCUGGCGAAAUAUUCUGAAAUGCGGAAGGCGUUAAACGAAUUCGACAAAUACAUAUACGAUAAUCUUUUAUAAUUUUAGAUAUUAAUAAAAAUAUAAACGGCUAAUACACACAUGUGCACGUGUGUGUGCACGCGCGUGCGUACGUGUAGAUGUAUGUGUGUAUAGAUUUUUAUCUAAAAAUCCAGCAUUAGACUUAUUCCGGAAAAUUUUAUAUUUUCUAUCUCGGAGGAAACUGUCUUCAAAGCAAAAUUAAUUGAAAAAUAAAACCGGAAUUAAUAAGUUCGAACAAUUCAAGCCUAUAUACAUGUUAACUAUAAACCUCAAGAGGCUAUCUCUUCCUCUCUUCCUCCUUUC